AUGUUCAAAUCCAAAGGCUUGUUCUCUGAAAUUCAAUGUCCAUACGAAGAGACAUGUGUACUUCCAAGGUGCAUAUUUGCGCAUCCAAAAAGUUCAUUCUCUCCACUCGCAACGGGAAUCAAAGGCUCUUCGAGAAUUCAAGCAGAUGGGGGAGUAUCGGAAAGAAGCAGCAAAAGACAGAAACUGGAUAAUGAGAAAGACGAUUUGCGGUCUUCACCACGGGAAGCCGUCAAACCUGCAGCUUUCACUGGUAUCCGUGUAACAAACGAACCACGCAAAGAUGCUGCACCGACCAAAGGGAAGCGGCCAUCGGAUUCUUUAACUCGAUCAGUAUCUCCACCUCCAAUACGGAGGAAGAUUGAAGAUGGAAAAGCUAUACCAGUCAAACAACAAACAAACAUUUCUGGGUCACGCACAACGAGCACGAGCCCAACAUCUACCCCAACAAGGCCAUCCGCCGCAACAAAACCACCUGCCAAAGCCGUCGUAAAGAAGGAAGGUCUAAACCCUCGUCCUCUCAAACAAGCUCCGGCCGCUCAUGAUAUGAGAUUCCGCCUUUUACGGGCUCUUCAUGAGCAGCUAAAACGUCUGAAUGCUGAAUUAAAUAAAGACGCAAACCACGAUGAGGAGUCACUCGUGCUCUCUGAGCAAGCCGUUAUAACCAUGGCAUUAGAUUUGGAAGAGGAAGCAGCUUUACAACCGACUGUCUACUCCAACCUAGUGAAAAAUAAGGUCCUUCUCUACAAACGAAUGACAGUAUCCCAAUGGAAAACUGAACGUCAAUCCGACCUUGCUAAAGCCAAAGCACUUCAAGAAGCAUCUACCCUCUCAAAACCCAAACCCACCGAAAAGCCAAAAGAAAUCACCACAGGUCUCACAACCGCCCAAGAAAUAGCCUUCCUCCCCCGUCUCCUCACCCCGACCACAGCCCUCAAAUCCCACGGCUACGUAAACACCAUCCCCACCCCCUCCGAAAUCCAAACCGCAAACCUCGGCGUCGAAGCCUCCAAAGGCUGGGAAGUCUGCGAUCGUUGCAAAUCCCGCUUCCAAGUCUUCCCAUCUCGGCGUCCCGAAGACGGCGCCCUAGCCACCGGAGGCACCUGCACCUACCACAACGGCAAACCCUUCUGGAGCGACGCCUCGGCCACAGAUGCCACGGUCAAAAAACAGAAGAAAUGGCGUUGUUGCGGGGAAGUCAUCGGUGAUUCUCCUGGGUGUACCACAGCCGCCUGUCACGUUUUUAAAAUCACCGAAGUCAAACGUCUCGCUGCGAUUCUGAAUUUUGUGGAGACACCCAAGGUAAAAGGCAAGAAGGAGAAUGGUCCGGUCUGUAUAGAUGGCGAAAUGGGGUAUACAGUCCACGGCCUCGAACUUAUUCGUCUAACCGCUACAUCCUGGCCGAGCGGCACCGCCCUCUUCGACGUUCUCGUCAAACCAGUCGGUGCGAUUCUUGACCUCAAUACCCGGUUCUCGGGCGUCCAUCCAGAAGACUACACCACCGCCCCCGCCUACUCUUCUUCCGCACCGCCAGAUAAUCUUCAACUCCUCCCCUCCAUUUCCGACGCCCGCGUUCUCCUGUUCUCAUAUCUCUCCCCUGACACACCACUCAUAGGCCACGGUCUCGAAAACGAUCUCAACGCCACGAGAGUGAUACAUCCGACGAUCAUCGACACAGCGCUGCUGUUUCCGCAUAAAGCGGGUUUACCGUACAGAAACGGGUUGAAAGUGUUGAUGAUGCAGUAUUUGGGACGCGCCAUCCAGGGGGGUGAACAUGAUAGUAAGGAGGAUGCUAAUGCGGCGGGGAUGUUGGUUCGAUGGAGGGUUGGGGAGGAGUGGGCCGGAUUAAGGAGGAGGGGGUGGAGUGUUAAUGGGGUGAAGUUUUCGGAGGGUGGUGAGGGAGGUGGAUGA